AAAAGUGUGUUCGGAUGAAUAACAAAUGAGCUCGGAUCAAAAAGUGUACUCGGGUAACUUCACGCUCGCUCGGAUGUUCGCAUAAUUUCACGCACUUGAAGUAAACACAUGUUACUGAUUCUUAUUAAUUUCACAGGCAGAAUAAAUUGCCACUUUCUACUUCAAUUAAAUCAUAAUUAAUUAAACUAGUCGAGAGCAUGUCUCCCGUUAAGAGUUGCCUUUUCUGUCCACAAGUUCCAACUUCUUUCACUAAUUUUCAAGAAAGUAACGAUCCGAUUAAAAAAACGAUUAAUUUCCUCGCUAAAAUUCUGUCCGUGGGGGAUCAUCUGCUUGGCGACGUGAAGAAUCUGAUCAGAAACGGGGGCACGACCAGUUUCUGUUCCCAAUGCGCCUUAAUUAUCUCCCAAGUGGGCCACAUUUAUAGAAAAUUGGCACCAUUAAUUGACAAAAUUGAGCAGAAUUUAAUAUCUAAAGGUCAAAUUUUGGUAAAAGAGGGAAGUGAGGGAGAGGAAAUCGCCGUGAAAUGUGAAGUGGAGGAGGGAACGCAUAUUCAAGACGUAUUGGAAGAUGACGAUGACAUGGACGAUGGACAAGGUGAUGCCGCAUGGUCACCAAUACGUGGGAUUUCUCACCACAAAGAGGAAGAGGAAGACGGGGAACCUGGACGUGAUCCAUUGGAAGACGAUGUCGAUCCAAGCUCUCCCACUGCCUCGCCAAAAUCUUCUUCUACUAGUCCACCACCUGCCAAGAUUAGGAAAAUUUUGUCCUCCGAACCCACCCAAUUUGACCACACAGAAUCAAAUUCCGGAACUUGUACCAUUUGUGGGGAGAACUCGGAGGAUUUUCUUCUUCCUCGAGGCGCUCAAAAUCACUCCAUCGCCCACCAACUAGAACGGUAUCAGGACAGAAAACAAGCCGACUGGAGGUGGCCAACUAUACAAGAAUGUCCCCUCUCCCUCACCUGCUCGUAUUCCACGAUAAACCCCAUCUUCAUGUGGAAACAUGUCCUAAAAGCGUCACAUCGCCCGCAAACCCUCACCUGCCCGUUUGUCGGGACGUCUUCAUUCUAAAAUCGCUCUACAACGCCCACAUCCUGCUCCACGAAACGCAAACUCCCGUCGUCUGCACCAUCUGCGACAAAAACAAAACGUUCCCCUCCGGAUCUGCUUAUCUCGCCCACAAAUCCUCCUGGCACUGCAAACCUCGUACCAGAAAAGCCGAUCCCCCGCCACCACCGUCACGUCCCCCCAAAAUAAAAAAACCUUCCAAACGGGAAUGCCCAACCUGCGGAAAAAUAUACUUUCGCCAGGCCAGAUUUCAAAUGCAUGUCCGAAGCCAUCUCUCCAUUAAGGAGAGGAGGAAGAAGCCCACAUGCGAAUUCUGCCCUUUUUCCAUCAUCUCCUCAGAAAAUAUGGCGAUUCACGUCAUCACGACGCACGAGGUGGAUCCCAACUUGGGAAAAGUCUGGAAUUGCGGCCUUUGUGAGAAAGGAUUCGUCUCCAGGGUCGUGUUCCAUCGGCACUAACGGUUCCACAAGAAAUUCGACAAAAGUGGGAAGACGCUUAAAUGUGAGAUUUGCGAGUAUCCAUUUCUCCCAGGGGAUGAGGAUAAGCUCAAGAAGCACAUGAACGAAUUUCAUGCCAAGAAAAAUAGGUUAUACGAGAUUCACCACUGCACCGUGGAAGGGUGUGGGUUCACCGCUCGGAAUAAAUUUCAAAUCCGACGCCAUGAAGGACAGGACCAUCCAGAGUUAUUGAUUUAUUCUUGUAACUCAUGUGGAAAGUCGUAUUCCAGUCACAUUCUUCUACAAACACACAAUAAAACGCAUGGAACUGGUCCGUUUGGUUGUACAGUUUGCAGGACGGUUUGCGAAACAGGAGAAAAGAUACAUAACGAUGCUUGUUCCGGUACACUACAGAACCUUCCAUGGAUGGUAAAUAUGUCAAUAAUCAAUAAUCAUAUGUAUUUAUCCACUGCUCUGGUCACGUCUUUGGCGAUGAAUGCACAUGGCUGACAAAAUCGGAAAAUGCUUUUAGACAAAUUAGUUUGUGUUAUAUAUGAAAAUAUUGGACAUGCAAGUCUCACAAUUUCUUAUUUAAGCACUAAUAAUGUGAUGGUGUGAAGUGCAAGUCUCCGGUUUGGAUGAAAUUUUAAAAUUGAGUGGUCCAAAUCUAUCCAACCAACGUUUCUUCAGGCAGUUUAUGCGAUGUUUGGGAUUCGUCAAAAUAUUUGAGGUCAAGGUUGAAAAAAUGGGCGCCUUUUCCCUAUGAUAGAAAUGGACGUUGAGUUUGCUUACUCCGCUUGAGAAAAAUCGCCCAUUUUUUCAAUUUUGACCUCAAAUAUUUUGACAAAUAAUCCCGACCAUCGCAUAAACUGCCUGAAGAAACGUUGGUUGGAUAGACUUGGACCACACAAUUUUAAAAUUUCAUCCAAAUCGGAGAGUUGCACUUCACACCAUCCCAUUGUAAGACCCAUAGCGUCAGGACUUAUGUGAUCGUUGAAAUAGUAGAUUAGUUAAGAGAAUUAUUGUAUGUGUCUUGGUCUGAAAAGCAGUGUGUAACUGAUGAUUUGCGACACUUGAAUAAACUACAGUAAACAGUAAACUUAUCUAAACUUGCUUUAAACGCAGGGCUCUUUUGAACACCAUACAUUUUCAUAUAUAAAGAAAAACAACUUUCGUAUAGAAUUUGCAACUUGUUUUCUCGUAUUUGGAGAAAAAUAUAACGGAGUUAUUUCGUUUUGUUAAAUUUUUCAAUUUUUUUUCGAACUAGUCGACUUUUACCGUCUUUUUAUAACAUUCUAUAACAUAGCAUUUUUAAAUUAUCUCCGAUUUACAUAUCCCCCAUUCUUAAGAUGUAUUCAUUACACAUUUUUUUCCUACUUUUUAUACUCGUAUUAAGACCAUCAUUUUGCAACAUGAAACCCUCCGUCGAAUGUUUAUUCUAUCAUAAACAAGUCGGAAGAGACGACCUUUCCGAAUCCUACAUUAAAAUAUAUUACUCUCAAGACGUAGCUUGGUUAAUUACUUGGACAAUAUUUAAUCGCGAACCUACCACCAACGACACCAUGUUAUUCCAACAGUACGGUAUUUCAGACUACUUGAUAUUCCAAACUGCGUAUAUCCCAAUAUGGCGGAGGCAGAGUCGAUUCGCAUCUGCUUGCUCGAUCGUCCACAUAUAUCACAAUCUUCACAACACCAUUAACCACCUUGUUAAUUCCUUCAACUUUUUUUAUUUUCACGUGUACAACCCUAACUCUAUUUUCUUCAUCUACUACAGAAAAUAUAAUCCGGAGCAUCUCCUAACCUACGCUUGGCUGCAGGGUUCAUAUACAGUUUAUCUCGUUUUGUUUAAUCAAUUAUACACAUUUAUUCGAAGAGGUACUGGAGAAUCAGCGAUUCGCCCCUCAUCUUACAGUUUCGUAACCGUGAUAACUUUGAACCCUCAGCCGAUAUCAAAUUAUCAAGGGACGAAAUUGUAUCUCGGCGUUUUUCUCGUUCGUCAGACGACUUCAGGUGUCCGCGCCAUAUAUCACGGACAUCAUGAUGCGGCAGAGAAUGAAGUUUUCCUUUUAGCAAAUAAGUUCAACUUUUCACUUAAGUACGUUAAUUUGCGACACGAUUUGAAACCCUACAUUCUAAUAAAUACCCACAAACUGAAAUACUUUUACGAAGACUUGAAUUUUAUAGGGAUUUGUCGCACCGUAAAAUACUAUGUCAUCUACUGUCGCCGUCAUGAAGUGUUGGAUGCAUCGUGGGUUGUUUGGUUUACACCCUUCAGUCCCAAUGCUUGGCUUACUUUGUGUCUGACUAUUCUAAUGUUAGCAUUCACGCAGAAACUCAAUUCCUUUUCAGAUUUCGUUGAAGAACUUGCCUUCCUAUUUGCCAUCCUUAUAAGGCAACCAACCCGAGAUUUGGAUGCUUGCAAAUAUUUGGUAUUUGCCGUUGUGGCCGGGACCAUUCUUCCCUCACUGUAUGAGGCCAUCAUCACGGGAAAAAUCAUAUCGCCCAGUCCUCCAACUGAGUUCCAGAAUUUGGGCGAUUUUAUCAAUGCGUCGUACAAGCUGAGUUUUAACGGUGACAGUUCGGGGACCUUUUACUGGAUGGGACAGGAUUCCGGGAUAUUGUACGAGUUUAAAAGAUACAACGUUCUUGAUAAAAUUAAUUCAAGUACGGUAAUAAUACAUGAUUUGGAAGCAAAAAAUGAGUUUCGUAGACUUGUCAAUGAAGAACAGUUAACUGGUGUCAUGGUCAUUGGCGAGUCCACGGGAGGGUUGACCAAGUUGGAAAUGUAUCAGGGGAAGACAUCCAGCUUAAAGGAACAUUACCCAUGCAGCCAAUUUUCUCUUGGUGGUUAUAACAUCGAGUUUAUUUUUUUGUACGUACCGUUUGUCAAGGAAGGUUUGCAAUUUCAUAAGUUUUUGUUCCAGAGUGGUUUGAUAAAUCAAUGGACAAAGUUAGAAAACCUUUUGGAAUUACAAAAGAUGAUGCCGAAAUGUGAUGCGACCCCUUUGGUAGUAAAGUUACACAAUUUAGUCAAGUUCCUCUCCGUUUGUGACAUCUUAUUGGGGUUAAGCGGUGUCACAAUGAUUUUGGAGGUUAUCUUUGUCAGAUUUCUGUAGAUAUAUAAUUUCCUAUCGUUAAAUUACACAUUCCCAACAAUCCCAACUAUGAUACAAUUCAAAGUACAAUGUGUCAACUUAUGUAUACCUAGUAUUUAAUUCUUAAUCCAUUAGCGUACAGAAUAUGAAAUGUACAAUAUGCAAUAUGAAAUAUUGCGGUUAAUACAUCGCUUGGUUUCAAACCUUCUACUUUACAGCUUUCUCCAUUGGAAUGAAGUCUGUUUUGCUGUCGUCAAUUAUGGAUUACUCGAUUUCAGCGUUGUUGUCGAUUCUGGUAGAAUAACGCAUGAGGUAGAAACACGUUAGUAGCGUGGGGCUAAUAUUUAGCGACUAGUUUAAUACAUGUUUGGCACUGUUCCGGUUGUAUAAGUGAAAUUUUAUACUAUUUGUCUACCUAUUUGGUAAAAUCUAAGAUUUGGAACUAUUCAAUUAUUUACUGCCAUCUGCGACUUAUUGGUAACAAUUGGUGGCAAUCGCCAUGACCCAACAUCAUUACAGGAAAAUAUAUGAUUAAUUAAAGUUAACUAACUCAUAAACUCAUCGCCAAAUUUAAUAAUUACAUUAUUAUUUAAAAUUUAUAUUUAGAAAAUAUUGUAAAACAAUUUUGAGAAAUUGGGGACGAUUAAUGGUAACAUUUUAACUGAUUUAGAAUGUGUGUGCGAAUAAGUUUUAAAUAUGCACGCAUUUAUAUUUAUUAUCUACGAUAUUAACUGUCCAUUAGUAACUUUUGCAUUGUAUGACUAUUUAAUUAGAACUGUUUCAUUUAAAUGAAAUCAAUUUAAUGGGAAUAUGUAUACUAAUUAAUAAAGUAGUAAAAGUAUUACACGUAAUAUGCCCAUUAUUAACAUAUUCACAUUUUGUCACCAAACUUAAAGCUUAUUUUGCUGGUUGUAUUGUCGGAUAAGUAUUUAUGAGUUUUAACAAAAUUUGCAAAAUUUUAAAAUUACUUAAAUGAAAUCUCAUCUCGAGAAAAUGAACUUACGAGAUGCAACUUACGAGACCAACUCACUUAAUUUAUAUCUCAUCUUAAUCUCAACUCUGUACACAUGUGCACGACUAAUAUUCAUACACAAAUGCAUAUAGAUCUAGUUAUACACAUAAUUAUGCUGCAAGAGAAACAUUCAUUGUGGGAGAGAGGCCUGUCCCGCAGCAGAAAUUCGUACCCACUACCAAAUAGUGCAAAUUAGAAUGGCAAACAUUUACAAGGUUGAAAUAUAACUUGUGCCACAUCAUCACAUUGACUGGCAUAUGUGUUUUUUGUGUUUCAGGUGUAAACAAUUGCUUUAAAAUAACAGUUAAAUAAAAUUUGUUUAAGUUGUAAAUAAGUACUAUAAAUUAUACGAUAAAUUGAUACCUGCUUCUGUCUGCUGUUCAUAAAUAGAUCAUGUUGGAAGAGGACAAAUAUGAGGAAGGGGAUUCCUUGUGUUGUUCGAAUAACGGGGUCAACCUAAUUCCCAAUCCCGACUCGGAACCAGUUUUUAUUCCAGACAUAAUUCCUCAUCUCUGCAAAUUUCUCACCCUCCAAGAUAUCAAACAGUGCCGAAUGGUCUCCCAUCCCUGGAAUUACGCGGCCACGCCGGUUCUAAAAUCUCGCUCAAUGAUUAAGAUUCGACUUAGUCCUGAAAACCUUAAAGAGUGUGAUGAGCCAGCAAAUUAUGAACAAGCCGGGAGUUGGGCUAGUAUUUUAGACGCAAUGGAAUUUCGUCCUGUCAAUAUUAAUCUCCUCAUUUCUGGUCAAUUAGAAUCGAAAAUGGAUCCCAAAAUUUUUACCCAAUUGAAAAAUUUGUUAAUUAAUAUCCAGUUAAUUAGUAUCCAGUACGCGACCAGAAACCAAACCGCGUGGGAGGAGGAGAUCAUUCAAAAAAUAAUGCAGACUUCGUCCACCACUUUGGAAGAAUUGAGAUGUCAAAGUAGCGUCCGUAGUGCUUUUCCUUGCAUGAGUGACAUCAUUUUCCCAAAAUUGAAGAAGCUCGUCUUGAAUUAUAGCUUCCAUUCGGUGGAACAUAUCCUGUCAAGAAUUGGUCAAGCUAUGGCAGAUGCGUUCCCAAUUAUAGAACAUCUUGGGAUUGGAAGCAGUCAUUUAUACAUUAUUUCUAUGCGGAGUAAAAUCCUAGAAACGUUUCCAUCAACACUUAAUUCCUUGGAAGUAAUUGGAUUAAUUGACGCACAAGACAUGAACGAUCUAUUGAAAAUUUCCGUCCCUUUGAAGACAUUAAGGCUUAGCUUGAUAUACUAUGAUGACACGGAAUGCUCGUUAGACGAACGGCCCAUAUUUCUCUACAAUUUAUUAAACAAGCAUUCACCUUCUUUGGAAAAGCUAUCGAUUAGUUUGAGUGAAUAUGAUGCGGAUGAAUUCGAAUGGAAGUUUCCUGUAUUUCCGGUACUCAAAAGUUUGACAAUCUUUAACUGCAGGAUGUCGGAUAAACUUAAAUUCGAGUGUGGCAUCGGGUCAGGACAUUCUAGUCGGAUUAAUUACAAGGAAUGCUUCCCGGCCUUGGAGAGAUUGCAGGUUUUCAGUAAUUCAAAUGAUGAGGCUGCAUUUAUUACGGGAGAAUGUAGCCGAUGUCCGAUUGCAUAGGUAGUGCGAGAAGGAAAUCUUUUAAAGGAUCCCUGUACAAGGGAUGACAUAUUAAUUUAAACUGAUGUGUAUGUAUACUUGAUUAUUAUUGGAAGUGUUUCAUAAUGCGAAGAAAUGGAUAAA